AUGCAACACAUCUCUGACCCCAAAUCGAAUCUCAGCAUGCGCCGGUCCCCACCAGCAGCUGACUCAUAUCAGCAAGGCUGCAUCAGGAUGACCCUGGAGAAUGCAGAUCUCUGGAAGUCCUUUCACAGCAUCGGGACUGAGAUGAUAAUAACAAAGCAUGGAAGGAGAAUGUUUCCACACUGCAGUAUCAGUCUAUCUGGGCUCCAACCUUUUGCCAAUUAUGUCAUCAUGGUGGAUAUGGUUCCUGUAGACAGCUUCAAAUACAAGUGGAAAAAGGAGCAGUGGGAGGUCGCAGGGAAGGCAGAGCCCCAGCCCCCGUGUCGGACAUACAUGCACCCAGACUCCCCAGCCCCAGGAAGUCACUGGAUGAAGCAGUCGUUGUCUUUUCUCAAAAUGAAGCUCACCAACAACACUUUGGACCAGCACGGCCACAUCAUCCUGCACUCCAUGCAUCGCUACUACCCCAGGUUUCAUGUCACCCAGGCAGACAGUCCUUACACUGUCCGCUGGGGCCCAUUUCAGACCUUCUCCUUCCCAGAGACGACCUUCACUGCAGUGACUGCUUACCAAAACCCAAAGAUCACCAAAUUGAAGAUUGACCACAACCCGUUCGCCAAGGGAUUCAGGGAGGGAGGCACCCACUCCCACAGUAAAAGGUGCCGUCCAAAUAGAAGCCCUCCUGCAAAAAGAGCAGCACUGGACAGGAAAGAGCUUUGCAACAGUCCUCCAGGCCUGCAGAGGAUGCCCUCCACCUCUCAGUCAGUGCAGCCAGAGAAGAAUCAGGCCUCCACACAGCAGUCAUUGAAGGGGGGUGACCUUUCAGCCUGGGCUCUGGAGCAAGACCCAUCUGAGAGUCUACAUGCUGAGCCUCUGUCACUGCAUGACUAUGACUACAGCUGUGAAGAGCAGAUGGUGCCUGCAUCCGUCGCAUACCAGCCCUACAGAUCUGCAGAGUACGCCAGAUUUCCACUGACAUCCACUGACGUAGAUGCAACGCAUACCCCCAUCCACGCUCCACCUCAUCCACUUGCCACAGCUGAGCACAACGCACAACAACAUGGCUACUACCACCAUCCCCACCAACACAGCCACGCAGCGGAUUGGAGCCAGUACCCACUAUUCUCCUACUCCUGUUGGUGA